AUGGCGACGUCUAGGGAGCCAAGUGCCGCAGACAACAAUCUCAGCAGUCUAUACGUCGACGAGGAUAUUCAAACUGUCGUAAAUGCUUGCUUAAACGACCUCGGAAGACCCCCACCACCGUCGGUCUCGGAUAGUGUCUCGUUCUUUCGUCAACUGGCAAAGGAACCUCCUAUACCACCUACCAAGGAAAUAGUGCAAGCCCGAAUGGACCAGCAAAGGACGCGACACAAAGAAGAAUUAGAGAUUAUGUACGAUCCUGCCUCCAUGAUACAGCAGCAGUCUCUCGCCUUUAACACAUCCGUGGAAUGGCUCUCGCUGGCGUUCGCACAGUCCCAGUUACCUCUCGUUACUAUGCUCAAUGAAUUAGAAGAGCGUAGGAAUAUCGUCUUGCCCAAGUCACUAGCCGAGUUCAAUCUCAUCAAAGCUCCUACCCACCAAGUACGGGUCGCACGAUUCUUCGAAGGGAAAACAGGUCCUUGGGCAGGCAUUGCGCAAAAUUCAGCAGAGAUAGAAGCUGCUUUGCUUGCGUACAAAACAGACGUGAGGGAUUCCCCUGAUGUUCACCCAGUAGUCUAA